AGGAAAAAAAUGGAGAAUGGAGAUUCGGAGAGAACUCACACAGUUUGAAGAAAAUUCUUUUUGAAACCCUCGAUCUUGAUCACUACGGCACUACCGCUGACGAGUUGGAGUUUUCUUCAGUCAUCACUCAUCAGACCCAUUUACAAAUUGGGGAACUAGGAGUCCGGGACCACAGUCUCAAAUUUUGAGCAAAACAAGUCAAAGGUAAAAGCUAACCCAUGGCCCUAGAUAUAAAUUAAUUGGGACAUAAUUCAUUAUUUUGUAGAUUGUGACUUUUUUGGGGAACAAUACUAUUGACUGUUUUUUUUUUUAUCCGCAUACUAUUGACUAUUGAAAACGUAGGUUUUUUUCUAUAGAAAUUUGUUAACAGUUUGUACUUUUAUUUCUAUAGAUAUGGAGAGGUAUUUUAAACGAAAGAAUCCCGAAGAAUCAUCAACUCCUACAAUUAACAAUGAGCCUUCGAAGCAAAGUCGUAAAGAAAGUGACUUACCGGAGCUUCAAGCUGAUCCAGGACUUCGACCUCGAAUUAUGGAUUAUGAUCCAAACAUUCGAGAACAAGUUCGGAGGGCUUACUUACUAAAGGGCCCUUGCCAACCUCGUAACCACCAAUUUCCGCAAAGGAACUUUUCGGGAUUCUUGAGAAGAUUCAACUCUAAAUGGUUUGAUGAAUAUGGUAGUUGGUUGGAGUAUAGUAUAUCAAAAGAUGCUGCAUUUUGCCUUUAUUGCUAUCUUUUCAAAACUGAAAUAGGAGAUCAAGGAGGUGGUGAUUGCUUUGUGGGUGAGGGAUAUACAAAUUGGAAGAAGAAGCGUAGAUUGAAAACUCAUAAAAGAAGUAUUAAUGGCGCCCACAGACAAGCUCAAAAAAAAUGUCAAGAUUUAUUGAAUCAAAAGCAGCAUAUUGAAAUUGUUUUCUCCAAGCUAUCUGAUGAUGCCAAGAGAGACUACAACGUACGAUUGACAGCAUCAAUUGAUUGUGCUCGAUUUCUCUUGAGACAAGGGCUUUCAUUUCGUGGGCAUGAUGAAUCCGAACUACCAAACAACCAAGGAAACUUUCUUGAGCUUUUGAAGUUUCUUUGCGUGCAAAAUGAGAAUGUUAGAGCUGUUUCACUUAAAAAUGCUCCUGAAAAUCUUAAACUCACAUCUCCGAAGAUUCAAAAGGACAUUUGCAAUGCAGCUGCUAUAGAAACUACCAAUGCUAUAAUGGAAGAACUUGGUGAUGAGUUUUUCUCUAUUCUCCUUGAUGACUCUAGGGAUGUUUCAACGAAGGAGCAAAUGGCGGUUGCUUUGAGAUAUGUUGAUAAAAGGGGAUGUGUGGUAGAGCGCUUUGUGGGUAUUAAACAUGUUACUAGUACUAAUGCUCUCUCUCUAAAGAAUGCAAUUGAAGACUUGUUUUCCACACACAACUUAAGCAUUUCUAGAUUGCGCGGACAAGGUUACGACGGGGCUAGCAAUAUGCAAGGGGAGUUCAAUGGACUAAAGUCACUUAUUUUGCGGGAGAAUGAAUGUGCAUAUUAUGUUUCUUCAAUUAGUUCUUGUGGCCUUAGCAAAAAAUCAUGUCCAUAUUGCCGACUUCUUUGCUUGGUUUCUAAUAUUGUUAAUGUUGUUGGAGCCUCAUGCAAACGUCGUGAUGCUCUUCGGGAGAACCGAGCUGCCCAAAUUAUUAAAGCCCUUAGUCUCGGUGAUAUUACAAGUGGCAAAGGCCUUAAUCAAGAGACCACUCUUAGUCGCGCUAGUGAUACACGUUGGGGAUCACAUUAUGGCACCUUACUUAGCGUGGUUACCAUGUUCGAUUCUGUGAUUGAUGUGCUUGAUGUUGUAGUAGAGGAUGCAUCUUCCUCAGAUCAAAAAUUAGAAGCCUUCUGUUUAUUGAAGGGAAUGCAAUCUUUUGACUUUGCAUUACAAAGAAAAGAGCAAGACAUUGUAAAUGCCAUGACACAAAUUCAAGUAUGCAAGCAACGACUCCAAUCGAUGAGUGAUAGUGGAUGGAGUAGUUUGAUGGAUGAAGUUUCUGCUUUUUGUAGAGGCAAUAAUAUUGAUGUUCCUAGCAAGGAAGGCCUCUAUGUUGCUCAAGGAAGAUCAAGGCGUAGAGCUCACGAAAAGAAAAUUUCUCAUCACUAUCAUUUUGAGGUUAUGAACACGGUUAUCGAUAGGCAACUCCAAGAGCUAGACAAUCGUUUUAAUGAGGUGAGCACCGAGUUGCUUCUUUGUGUUGCAUGCCUAAAUCCAUCCAACUCAUUUGCAAGUUUUGACAAGCAAAGGUUGAACCGCUUUGCCAAAUUUUAUCCUAAAGACUUCUCGUGUAUUGAACUUUUGGCAAUUUUGGAUCAACUUGAGAAUUUCAUCAUUGAUGUGCGCUCUAGUUUUGAGUUUUCAAAUUUAAAAGGAAUUGGUGAUCUUGCUCAAAAGAUGGUCGAGACCCGAAGAGAUAUAGGGUAUCCAUUGGUAUACAAACUGUUGAAGUUGGCCUUAGUUUUACCUGUUUCGAUUGCAACAGUAGAGAGGGCUUUUUCUGCUAUGAAGAUUGUGAAGAGUCGACUUCGUAACCGGAUUGGUGAUCAAUGGAUGCAUGAUAGUUUGAUUGUCUAUAUUGAGAGAGAGAUUUUUGAUAGCAUUUCAAAUGAAGCUAUCAUGAAUCGAUUCCAAAAUAUGACAAAUCGACGCGGUCAAUUGUAGGUGAAAUGAUAUAUAAUGAACGGAUAUGCUUUUUUGCUUAUAUAUUAGAAGUCGGUAUCUCUUUUUGGUUAUUGUUCUAUUAUUUUUGUUAUCUUUUGGGUCAUUGUUUACAAGUGCAAAAUUAUAUGUGUUGUAUAUGUUUGAUGGCUUGACCCCAAUGGGAUCAAAUUCUGAU